AUGCAAGUUUCAGCAGGAGAACAGUCGGAACAAGAGGCCCCUGCACCACGCAGUCGGAGCAAGAGGCCCCCCACCACGCAGUCGGAGCGGGAGGCCCCCCACCACGCAGUCGGAGCGGGAGGCCCCCCCCACCACGCAGUCGGAGCGGGAGGCCCCCCACCACGCAGUCGGAGCGGGAGGCCCCCCCCACCACGCAGUCGGAGCGGGAGGCCCCCCCCACCACGCAGUCGGAGCGGGAGGCCCCCCCCCACGCAGUCGGAGCGGGAGGCCCCCCCCACCACGCAGUCGGAGCGGGAGGCCCCCCCCACCACGCAGUCGGAGCGGGAGGCCCCCCCCACCACGCAGUCGGAGCGGGAGGCCCCCCCCACCACGCAGUCGGAGCGGGAGGCCCCCCACCACGCAGUCGGAGCGGGAGGCCCCCCCACCACGCAGUCGGAGCGGGAGGCCCCCCCCCACCACGCAGUCGGAGCGGGAGGCCCCCCCCCACCACGCAGUCGGAGCGGGAGGCCCCCCCCCACCACGCAGUCGGAGCGGGAGGCCCCCCCCACCACGCAGUCGGAGCGGGAGGCCCCCCCCACCACGCAGUCGGAGCGGGAGGCCCCCGCCCACCACGCAGUCGGAGCGGGAGGCCCCCCACCACGCACCUCGCAGAUAGUGCCCCCCUUCGCUCUCACCACAGCUGGGCCAAAAGCCUUAGCUCUCUACGUUAUUGGGGUUUCUCCUUUCCUAUAA